CUCAAAUUUCACUGUGCAGCAACACAAAGACAUCAGAAAAAAACAGACCCAUCCUGCAAAUUUUCAGCUGAAAUGCAUGCCUAACAUAAUGUAAUGUGCAUUUGUAAUUGUAUUCACUUUUGGAUUCUUUACAAUUACCGAUUUCACAUAAUGCCUUCAACUGAGGAUGGAUAACCUUCACUGUUGGUGUCAAAUCAGUAGAUGAACAGCAACCUGGAUAAACAACAACAACAACAACAAAAGAGCCAGCAGGUAUUAUGGAUUCUCUGUACGGGCCCUUCACUCUGGGUAUACUGGCAGGUGUGGGGUGUGGGCUCUGCCUCGGAUGGCAUCUCAGUGGACGUCUUGGCAGAUCGCCCCGUAGCAUGAUGGCGGCUUUAGGAAACAACGCCGGUGCUGGCAGCGAGGCCAGUGUGAUGGGCGAGAGCGGAGAGUUCAAAAUGAUCCUGGUGGUCCGAAGUGAUCUGAAGAUGGGCAAAGGUAAAGUGGCGGCGCAGUGCUCUCACGCUGCGGUGUCUGCCUAUAAGCAAGUCCAGCGCAGAAACCCAGAGCUCCUGAAACAGUGGGAAUACUGCGGCCAGCCCAAAGUGGUGGUCAAGGCUCCAGACGAGGACUGUCUGCUCGAGCUGCUGACCCACGCCAAAGAGGUCGGACUUCCGGUCAGCUUAAUCCAAGACGCUGGAAGAACCCAAAUUGCACCAGGGUCUCGGACGGUUCUUGGCGUGGGACCUGGACCAGCUGAUCUUAUUGACAAAGUGACAGGACACUUAAAACUCUACUGAAUAACACUAUUAAUAUAAGAUGGGACAAAACUGGGGCAGAAUUCUUUAGACAUUAUAGUUUUUAUACGAUCAGAAUGAGUGGAAAACUUGAAUUAAAAGGGUUAAAAUGACACUGAUUUAUAGAUUUAACCAUUUAUUUUAAGUAAACAGUUCACUCAUUCCACCAACAUAUGAGUACAUUUGUUUUAUCAUAAGUUCAUGUACAGAAAAUUAGUUAUUUGGGAAUCUCAUUUUUUAUCAUAUUAGAAUCACCCCCCUCAUACCCAGUGGAAUAAAGGACUUUUGUUGGUUAAACUUUGAAAAAGUUCCUGAUGUUCAUUUUUUAAUUGCAUAACAAUGCUAAUAUGACCUGUGAGCAUUUAACUGGAUUUAUGUCAAACUGGCUGCUUAUUAAAUCAGACUUGAGUAUUAA